UGUUUCUUUCUCCCCAUUCAGCACCCAGUGCUCCUGGAUGCGCGCAAGUAAAGUGUCUCCGGUGCUCCCCGGUGUAUGCAGGAAAGGUUCCCGUUUCGGAUGACGUCGUUGACGGUGGGCGGGGAGAGCGCAGUUGGUUCUCGUGCCCAGUGUAUUACCUCCUCUUUGCAUGUCUACUCGGAUAUUACGUCCUGUAUUUGAAAGACGUCUCCGGAAAGAUCAUUGCACACAGCGGUCCUGCACUGAUCAGCACCGGCACAAACCUGCGCGCGCUCGCUCGCACGCGCGCGGUGAACUCGGAUUGCUCGUCCUGUCUCAUCCGCGCGCGACAACCGGUCUAAGGCUGAAAGGCACCACUGCUCAGCCUGAUGAUGAUGAAAAGGAGGAUGAUAACGGUAGUGUGGUCCAUCCCCAUAGACACAGGUAGUUUCGCCUGAGGGGAGAAGACGCCUGGAAUCAUAAUAGAUUACCAUCAGAGAGUCGCAGGAUGUCUGCGAGUACGCCUAAUUCAGCCCCGCCCCCUAAAAAGAGCCGAGGAAAACAGGAGAACGAGUCUCUACAGGCUGCCAAUGAAGAACUGAAGGCCAAACUAAGUGAUGUACAAAAUGAGCUGCAGCAGGAGAGGGCGAAGGUGUCUAAACUGCGUGAGCGGCUGCAGGAUCUGCGGGGGCAGAGGGAGUCCGAGCAGCACAGGCAUGCAGUUGCGCAGACGGAGCUGCGGGUAAAACUACGAGAGGAAAAGCAGCGGGAGGUAGCAGCUGUGCGUGAUUCUUUGAGCCGGCAGCAUGAGGCCGAGUUAGCACGUGCUGCCCGCAUACGCCACUCUGAAAUGGGACGUCUGCAGGGCCUGGUGAAUGCACUGCGCAACGGUAACGGUGCCGCCGAGUUGAGGGAGGAGGCACGAGAAGAGGCACGCAGAAACCACGAGGCUGAGAGACUUAAACUGACACAGGAGCUGCAAGAAGCCAAGGCGGCACGCAGACAGGCUGAGGAAGCCCUGACCAACGCCGUGCAGGCUGAUAAAGCCAAAGCGGCCGAUCUUAGAGUAGCACAUCAGGCCCAUCAUGAGGCGAUCCAGAGGAUCAAACGUGAUAGCGAGAAGGAAGUCCGCAGAUUGAUGGAGGAGCUGCGGGGGAGGGAUCGUGUUAUACAGACUUUGGAAAAGGAGUUGGGUGUGCAAGCGGGUCAGACUCAGCGCCUACUGCUACAGAAAGAGGAGGCUGAGAGGCACUAUGGCAGUCCCAAGCGAGAGGUGGCUCCUGUACUUGGAGAGAACGCAGAUGCCAUCAUUAACCAGGAAGUAGAUGAGCGAGACACUCGCAGAUUCCAGCUAAAGAUUGCGGAGCUGCAGGCUGUCAUUAGGAAACUCGAGGACCGAAACACGCUGCUGUCAGACGAGAGGACUGAACUGUUAAAGCGAGUGCGGGAGACAGAUGGACAAAUGAAACCCCUGUUAGAGAAGAACAGACGGAUGAGUAAAAAGAAUGAAGAGCUCCUGCAGACUUUGCAGCGUAUGGAGGACAAACUAAAAGCCCUCAGCCGUGAGAACGCUGAAUUAAAGGAGAAGACGAUCUUGGAGUCCCAGCAAGCAGUCCUGAAGAGGACGAGCUCUCUGACGGACCUAAGCCACGCACACGAGGAGUCGGAAGUGGAGUUUCUGAAGCUGCAAGUCAACGAACAGCGCAACGUCAUUGAGGAGCUCACUCAGGAGCGUGAUAGAAUGAUAUUUAACAAAAAGAACAAGAGAAAAAAUAUCAAAUUGCCAAAGAGGCGUGUUGUGGAGACAUAUUUUGGAUUUGAUGAGGAGUCUGUGGAUUCAGAAACAUCAUCUUUGACAUCGUACAACACAGACCACACCCCAGCCACUCCAGAGGAGGAGCCUGAGGAGGCUUUUUCCAGAGAGGAAGCAGAACUUCGUUUUCGACAGUUGACACGAGAAUACCAGGCUCUUCAGCGAGCGUAUGCAAUCCUCCAAGAGACCACUGGGCCGCUUGACCCUGAGAGAGACUGCAGGACGCGGGAGCAGCUGCAGGCGGAGCUGAACUCCUGCCAGGCGAGGAAUGCUGACUUGGAGAGGAGCCUGGCAGAGAAGGGGCAGGACUCAAAGUGGGUGGAAGAGAAGCAGAAUCUCAUUAGGAUUAAUCAGGAACUAAGAGAAAAGAUAGAGUUACUGAAGCAAUCCGAGUUGCAGUUGCGCUCCGAGGUGAGGGACACACAAGACCAAAAUGAGCUGCUGGAGUUCCGCAUACUCGAACUGGAAGAGAGGGAGCGUCGCUCUCCUGCCUAUAACUUGCACAUCUCUGCCAUGGAAAACAGCAGCAGCAUGCAGCUUCACUGCCAGCGGGAGGGUAUCAAGGUGCAAACACCUACAUUCAGCUGCAUACACAUGCAGGAUGUCAUUAUACCUGAACUGAUGAAAAAAUUGGACAUCCUGGGUGACAAUGGGAACUUGCGGAAUGAGGAGCAAGUCACUGUGAUCCAGGCGAGCACCGUGCUGUCUCGCUGUGAGAAGUGGCUGAAACAGAUAGACAGCACCGAGGCAGCACUUACACAGAAGAUGAUUGAUCUUGAAAACGAAAAGGAGCUGUUUAGUAAGCAGAAGGGCUUUUUAGAAGAGGAGCUAGACUACAGAAAACAGGCUUUGGACCACUCUAAUUUGAGGGUGCAAGAGCUGGAGGCAACACUCUAUGCUGUGCUGCAGCAGGAUCCACAUGGCCGACUGGGUGAGAGUUUGAGCGAGAGGCAAAGGGAGGAGCUGGCAGAGUCUAUGGAGGCGGUGAGGAGGCAAAUCCUCAGACAGAGCCGCCAUGCUGACACGCUAAUCUUACAGCAGCGCAUGGAGCUCCUCCAGUCUGCACAACAGAGGAUCAGAGACUUGGAGGACAAGAUAGAUAUGCAGAGACGACAAAUCAAAGAGAUUGAAGAGAAGUUUUUAUUCCUGUUCCUGUUUUUCUCUCUAGCGUUUAUUCUCUGGCCUUAAACACACAAAUACACAAACCCACACACAUACUUAUUCUUUUUUACACAGACACAGACACACACACACACACACACACACACACACACACACACACACACAAGCACACACACACGGGUGCAGUAUCUGAAUGGAAGUAAUGAACUCCUGUUUUGCCCACUGAACUCUGGUCAAACAUUCCUCAGUUAUUGUAUGAUCUUUUUAAUAUUUUUAUGCAUUUCCAAUGAAUCAACAAUGAGAACAACAAUAGUGAAAACAACAACAAAACACAUCCAGGUAAAGCUGCUCCUCUCAGUCUCUCUCAAGUAAAAAUCAAAAGAUAUAAAGUAAUAUAAUUUUAACUCAAAUCUUUGUUAAAGGUAUUAAUACACACAUCAACACUUGUCUAAAUAUCUGCUUUUAGUUUCAAUAAAUAAAGUUGUAUUUUCUUUA